UUCAUGGCAUUCAGGGAUGUAAUUCGCAGAGAGAUGCUGUGGAGACUCACAGAACACACCCUCAGCUGCGGCCCAGCGCCAGAGCAGGUCCCUGGGGAUACAGAGCGGGAUGGGGCUCCCGCAGACAGCGCUGUCCGCAGCCGCUGCUCCGGGGGCUCGGGAGCCGAGCUGGGCCGGGGGCCCGGCCUGCCGUCCUCAGUGCCCGCCUCUGGACACCAUCACUGCAUCACAGAGCUCUUCAGGCUGGGAGGCAGCGUCCCCUGGAGCAGGGGACACGGGAACGCGGCCAGGUGGGUUCCGAGUGUCUUCAGAGAGGGAGGCGCCACACCCUCCCUGGGCAGCUCCUCUAGUGCUGUGGCACCCCCAGUGAGAAGUUCUCCCUCAUGCUGAGGGGAAACUUGUGUUUCAGUUUAUGGCCAUUGCUCCUCGUCCUGUCGCUGGACACCACUGACGAGCGUGGCACACGCGGAGCUGGCACGGUGCCCGGCCUCCCGCUCUGGCGGCGGGUGGCGGACAGGCCGCCGCGUCCCGCCGAGCCCGGGCUGUGGGGCCGCCCCCGCUCCGCCCGGGCCGUGAGGCGGCGCGGGCGCUAUGCGCCAUGCAGGUUCCCGGGCGCUGGCGCAGGCAGGUUCCCGGGCGGGCCCGCCGCGGUGUGCGGCGCUCGGCAGCCACACAAAAGAGCGGCUGCGGCUGCGGCUGCCCCGCUGCCCGGGACCGGCCCCGCCGCUGCACCGCGUACUUACUGUCAUCAUUCACAUGCUGCAGCAGAGGAAGGUGAUUUGCACUUCAAGAGGAUAAUUGCUGGAAAUGAUUGUCAUGUAAGGAGCUAUGGCAAACAGGAAACAUCAAAGCACUACAGCCAGCAUGCUGGAUCACAGAGCCAGAGCCUGCCCGACUUCAUCUCACAACAGGGAGCCUGAAAAUGAAGCAAGUGACCUUCCCAUUGAAGAUUAUGCAGCAAAGGAGGCAGAACUAGCAGCUGUCAGAGCAGGUAGUCCCACCCCUGUGGAACAUGAGUGCAAUGACCAUAGCGGAGAUGGUGACUCCAGCUCUGACUAUGUAAACAACACUUCUGAGGAGGAGGACUACGAUGAAGGCUUGCCAGAAGAAGAGGAGGGGAUCACGUACUACAUCAGAUACUGUCCAGAGGAUGACAGUUACCUGGAAGGAAUGGACUGCAAUGGGGAGGAGUAUGCUCCCCAUGAGGAACACCAUGUUGAAACAGAUGAAUGUCAGGAAGCUGUGGAAGAAUGGGCUGAAGGUAAAAUUCAGCACCAAGAUGAGAAUGAGGUGAUGGACAGGCAAGAAUGGCAGGAAGGUCAAGAUAAUGGCAUUCAGAUUUUGGAGGAUGAAGCAUCAUCUUUGGAGAUCCAAGACCAAGAAGAAAACAUACAGUACUGUCAAAGUGAAGGUGACUAUCCGGACUAUUACCCAGCAGAGGCUAAUGGAAAUUCACAGGGAAUAUCACCAUACCAUUCUAGAAAAGAGGAUGCAGAGCUGGAAGAGCAGGAAGAGGACAUUGACCAGAUUGUAGCAGAAAUCAAAAUGAGUAUGAGCAUGAGCAGCAUUAACAGUACAACAGAAAUGAGUCCAGAGCACACUGGGACUGAAAACAUGGCACAUGACUACAAAGAGACUUGUUCAAAGGGAGAAGCUGUUCACAGUGCUAACAGGCACGAGGGGAGGCCAAAAUCUCUGAAUAUCCCAUCUGCGUCUAAGCACAGUGGAGAUGUGCAUCGAGGUUUUAAAGCAAAGUCAAGGUCCCCAGAGGACAGACAGAAGUGGCCGCAGGAGCAGAUGUGCAAUGGUUUGGAGCAGCCCAGGAAGCAGCAGCGUUCAGACCUCAAUGGCCCUGUUGACAAUAACAAUCCCCCUGAGACAAAGAAAGUGUCUUCCUUUCCAAGUUUUGUUGAUGUUCCAGGACCUUGUGAACCUGAGGACCUCAUCGAUGGGAUCAUCUUUGCAGCCAAUUACCUGGGCUCCACCCAGCUGCUGUCCGAGCGCAACCCUUCCAAAAACAUCCGCAUGAUGCAGGCGCAGGAGGCAGUGAGCCGUGUCAAGACCUCAGAGGGAGAUUCCCAGGCCUUGACUGAAGUGGAUCUGUUCAUCUCCACACAGAGAAUCAAAGUUCUAAAUGCAGACACACAGGAGACGAUGAUGGACCACGCGCUGCGCACCAUCUCCUACAUCGCCGACAUCGGCAACAUCGUGGUGCUGAUGGCGCGGCGCCGCAUGCCCCGCUCCGCCUCGCAGGACUGCAUCGAGACCACGCCCGGCGCACACGAGGGCAAGAAGCAGUACAAGAUGAUCUGCCACGUCUUCGAGUCAGAGGAUGCACAGCUCAUAGCUCAGUCAAUCGGUCAGGCUUUCAGUGUGGCUUACCAAGAGUUUUUAAGAGCCAAUGGAAUUAACCCAGAGGAUCUCAGUCAGAAAGAAUACAGUGACAUCAUCAAUACCCAAGAGAUGUACAAUGAUGAUCUCAUACACUUCUCCAAUUCAGAAAACUGCAAAGAGCUCCAGCUAGAAAAACAGAAGGGAGAAAUUCUUGGGGUGGUGAUUGUGGAAUCUGGAUGGGGAUCCAUUCUACCCACCGUUAUCCUGGCCAACAUGAUGAAUGGAGGCCCUGCAGCACGUUCAGGAAAACUGAGCAUUGGAGACCAAAUUAUGUCCAUUAAUGGUACCAGUUUAGUUGGUCUACCACUUGCAACAUGCCAAGGGAUCAUAAAGGGACUCAAGAAUCAGACACAAGUCAAACUGAACAUUGUCAGCUGUCCUCCUGUUACUACAGUCCUCAUAAAACGGCCAGACUUAAAAUACCAGCUGGGCUUCAGUGUACAGAACGGAAUUAUCUGCAGCUUGAUGCGAGGCGGAAUAGCAGAGAGGGGAGGGGUGAGGGUGGGACAUCGCAUCAUCGAGAUCAACGGGCAGAGCGUCGUGGCCACUGCUCAUGAGAAGAUCGUGCAAGCACUCUCUAAUUCAGUGGGAGAGAUCCACAUGAAGACUAUGCCAGCUGCCAUGUUCAGGCUUCUAACAGGUCAAGAGACUCCCCUGUACAUCUAACAUCUUCCAUCCAAGCUGAAGCUGUCACAGCUGAAGAGAAUUUUGUAUUUUGUAUGAAUGAAAGGCUUGGAAGCUGACCUGAGGACUCCAGAACAAGGAACAGACAGGUGUCUCUGCCUUUUCUCUCCUUCCUUUCUAUUGCUUUGACAAAAAGUGUUGAGAAGGAUGGUCAAGGACAAUAAUCACUGACAAAAAUCUUUGUAAACAUUUCAGUAUUUUGAACAUCUUCUAAACUCUUUUCUCAUAGAACUUAAAACAUAUUUAUUUGUAACCUUUAUGUGGAGUGAUGUAUGUCUGUCUUGUUUGAUAACACAGUGAAUGUGAAUACUUGAUGAAUGAGACUGCAGGAAAUGGCAGAGAAGCAAUUAGAGAAAGUUCUGGCUGCCUCAAGUUAAAAAAAUAAAUCCCAGUCCCAUAAAGUGGUCCAAUACUGGUGACUUUGCAUACUUUUAAAACUGGUGCUGAAUCGAUGGUAUUUCAGUGGAAAGGAAUGUGUGCAGUUCAAACUUUUAGAUUCUACUGUAAAGAAAACCACUGUAGUACUCGGUAUUGUUAUGACAAGUGUAACCUGUUUGGCAAGGUGUGAACAUAAACAUGUAACAAGUGUUUCAUAUGCUAAAUAAAGAAUAAUUGCCACAAGAUUAAAAUCAAAAUAUUUAUUUAGGUACAUAUUUAUUUUUAAUGCUUGUGAUUUUUAUGAUUUAACAGAGUUAUUUCAUGGAUAACUUAUUGCACAGGUUGUGUGAUGUAUGUGUCGGGCUGGGGUUUUUUUCCUUUAAUUUUUGCGUAUUACCUUUUUGUUCAUAUUAGCUCAAAAUGGGAAAGCCAUGCUUACCUGUUUCUGUCUUUUAUAAAGCAUUCUUAUUCCUAAGGCAA